ACCUGCAUCCCUCUCUCUGUUUCUCUCCCUCCUCUCCCCUCUUGUUUGCUCCAGCCAACCAGUGAUACCCCCCAGGAAGCUCUGUCGUACCCGCCCUAAAGAGUCUGUGAUACCCAACCAACCUUCAGCUUCGAAUACACCCCCCAACCCUCAAAACAGCUGCCAAUAUGAAGUCCGCCGUUCUCUCCCUGGCCCUCGCUGCCAAUAUUGCUGCUGCCAACCCUGUCCAGCCCCGCCAAGCUUCUGACGCUCCCGCCUUCACCCAAGCUGCCGAUGCCCUCAUCUCCCAGUACAUCCCCGAGUCUCAGUGGGACUCUUUGACCUCGGCUUUCGGCUCCGCUGCCAGCGCGGCUGGGGUCACAGGGGACGUCCGGUCCUACGUAUACUCGGUCCUCAAGGCCACCAGCACCCCGACCUGGUUCCUCGCCGCCAUCCCUACCGCCUAUGUCAGCCAGUACGCCGCUCUGGAGUCGGCAAUUGAGAGCCUCCGUCCUACCGCCGUCAUCGGUACUGCCGUGCCCACUGUCAUUGCCGUCACCACCACCGACAGCGAGGGUAACACCAUCACCACCAGCAUCUCUGCUACCGUUACGCCUAUCCCCACCGUCAUCACCACCGACUUGCUUCCCUCACUCUCCCCCAGUGUCGUUACCGGCACCGAUUCUGCCGGCAGCGCUUUUACCUCGACGGUCCUGAACACCAGCGAGGAGGCUGACACCACCGCUACCGCGACUACUACCGAGACUGUCGCCACCGAGACCGAGACCGCCACUGGCGAAGCCUCUGCAACGGGGUCCGAUGAGACUACCGGGUCUGGUGAGGCUACCGGAUCCGGUGCCUCCGGUACCGCCCCGGCCUCCACCAACGCCCCUAACGCUGCCCCGACUGCUAUGGUCAACGGCUUCGCCGGCGUUGCCGCCAUCAUCGGCCUUGUCAUGGCCCUUUAGGGGAUCUCUCCGACAGGGUAAACCCCUCCUCAAGAUUUGCAAUCAUGAGGCAACCGUAUGACAACCUGUAGAUAACGACUGUUUGGACUGAUGCCUGCUUCUUUCGAUGUUCACGGGCACUGCCCCGGUUGUGACCGAGCGACCUUGUAUAUAUUGAAUGGUAAAGGAAUAAUGAUUAAUGCGAGGGGAUUUUUAUUUCAAUAGAAAUAA